UCGUACAACUCUGCUUUGGAAACGACUUCAACAUUACAAACACCGAAGACAGUGCCUUAUGCAAACGUAUUAACGUCGAUAACGGUUCCAUCUUCGACAACAAGUUUGACCAAGUCUUCAACAGACGUCUUGAGGUCAAUAUUAAGUUACUCACCUUCAUAUGUUAGUUAUUUCAGUGUUGCACCAAACGGAUUGCCAACUAGUACGACAGAAGUAUUGCAAAUUAACCCUACUUCAUUAAUUGAUAAACCUUCAAUCAACUCAGUGUUUUUUCAAAGUGACUCUAUUCUUCAGUUGCAACCGACAACUGCCUCUCUGGGACCAUCACGUGUUUCGACAAACCAAUCGCUCUCAACAUCUGCCACUUACCAAUCAAAAGUCACCAAAUCUUCUUCUAUUGAUGCAAGCUUGCUUUCAACUCCCCAUAUCUCACCAACACAGUCCAGCAUAACUGUGAAUUCUACGACCAAAAAGCAGCAGAUGGCAUCGAAGUUGCCAAUUUACAUGCCAAUUUACCCUCCCAAACCGCCAUUGCUGGGUCCCCCAACACCCGGAUUGCCUUGGGUACCACCGUGUAAAUUUACCGGAAGUUGUUGUGCGCUUGCGCUCGGGCAGCUGCCUGCAGAUAUUGAAUUCGCGGAAUCAGCAUUACCGGGAACAUUGUUAGCGGAAAUGAAAGACGUGACAAACAUCACUAUGAACGUCAACGUCGAGCCAACUAAAUUUCAAGCGUUGUUUGAUGGCGUUUUCAACGUAACGUCAGAAGGAAAUGUGUAUUCACUUGUCCUUGUCAAAAGAAUUGACCUUGAACAUUUGUACAAGCUAGCGGGAGAUGACCCGGAAGUGGCCAACAUAGUCUUGAUAUUUCGGUGCCAGGACAAUUCAGGCUUAUCGACAUUGCUGGUGCCUCCACGCCACGUGAUGGUCAGUAUAGUCGACGUGGACGACUCACUUCCGGAGUUUCAGAGUCGGGACGCGGCAACGUCCGGCGGUUGUGUAGUCCCUCUAUUUAGUGCCGAUACCAGCGAAGACUAUAUGGGCGAAUUAUCGCUAUCCCCGGGCACGUUACGAGCGGUGGACGGAGAUAUGACGUCACAGAAUAACAUCUCAUACUCCGUGAUGCAUUCGGAACCAGACGACUACGACGUGUAUUUUCACGUCGACGAAGAAACGGGCCGCGUAAACAAAACACGGAAGAUGAACUCAACCGAUCCCAACAAAUACGUCAUUUUUGUAAAGGCUAUGGAAGACUCUCCCCAACAACAGUCACGGGUCGCUAUAGUCUCCAUAGUGGUGAUUGCACCUUCUGACCCCAACACAGACCCUCAGUCCUCAGUCAACCCCAUUGUCCGCCUAGUUCUCCAGAUCGCCACCGUCUUCAUCCUCAUGGCCUUCAUAGUUGGCUGUGUGGUCAUCUUUCAUCAUAGAUACCAGGUGCACCAUUCCAAGGUUAAAGUUAAAGAUAUGCCGAGCAACGAUAACAACGCCAAGGUACAGUUUGCCGUGUACCAAAGCUCCAAUUCAAGUCUAAACACGACAAUUCCUGACAAUCCUGCUAGCCCAAGUCAGGUUACACUUGAUAACGACCAUCUCACAGUUCCACAAUGGAACUACGCCACCGGGGCAGGCUUUGUUAAAUCCCCGAGCAGUACGUCACUAAACACAAUAAACACGCGUAGAGGUUCAGUAUAUUCCAACCAGUCGCAGAGAAGGAAAAUGGUGGUAGUUAAGAAACCCUUAGAUACCAAACAAAGACCUGGAUGGAAUGCACCGCCAACGCGGCCUAAACGGACAUCGUAUAACCCAUUUAGUGUUUGGAAACAAAAAGUGCAAGAAAGCCAACGUGUGUGAAGUUUGGGGGUCUUCAUUUUAAACACAACUAGAACAGAUCCAUACGUAUAACCCGUUUAUAGUGUUUAAAUACAACAGUCGCAAAAUUAUAAGCGCUUUUAUUCUCCCAAAACUACAAAAUGUUGAUACUUAUGAUCCAGUAAGUGAUAGUUAUAAAAACAUUCAUGAAAACAUGUGUGUGAAUCAUUGGACGCUUUAUUGUAAAAAAAUC